GCCGGAGCUGGAGCAGGAGUCCGACCCCGAGCCGGAGCCCGAGCGGGAGCCGACGCGCAGUCCUCGGACCUGCGAACGCCCGUGCUCUGCUCGCGACUCGCCCCCUGAGGAACUGAGAAAGAUUGUGCCAUGAAUGGGGACUCUCGUGCCGCGGUGGUGACCUCACCACCCCCGACCACCGCCCCGCACAAGGAGCGGUACUUUGACAGGGUGGAUGAAAACAACCCGGAGUACUUGCGAGAGAGGAACAUGGCACCGGAUCUUCGCCAGGACUUCAACAUGAUGGAGCAGAAGAAGAGGGUGUCCAUGAUCCUGCAGAGUCCUGCUUUCUGUGAAGAGUUGGAAUCAAUGAUACAGGAACAAUUUAAGAAGGGGAAGAACCCCACAGGCCUUUUGGCGCUACAGCAGAUUGCAGAUUUCAUGACCGCGAACGUACCGAAUGUAUACCCCGCAGCUCCGCAAGGGGGGAUGGCGGCCUUGAACAUGAGUCUUGGUAUGGUAACUCCUGUGAAUGACCUGAGAGGAUCUGAUUCGAUCGCCUAUGACAAAGGGGAGAAAUUACUGCGGUGUAAGUUGGCAGCAUUUUAUCGGCUGGCAGAUCUCUUUGGAUGGUCUCAGCUUAUCUACAAUCAUAUCACAACCAGAGUGAGCUCCGAGCAGGAACAUUUCCUCAUUGUUCCCUUUGGACUUCUCUAUAGUGAAGUGACUGCAUCCAGUUUGGUUAAAGUCAAUAUACAAGGAGAGAUAGUAGAUCGUGGAAGUACUAACCUAGGAGUAAACCAGGCUGGCUUUGUGUUACACUCUGCCAUCUACGCUGCGCGACCAGAUGUCAAGUGCGUGGUGCACAUCCACACGCCGGCAGGGGCUGCGGUCUCAGCGAUGAAAUGUGGCCUCUUGCCAAUCUCCCCGGAGGCGCUUUCCCUUGGAGAAGUGGCUUACCAUGAUUAUCAUGGGAUUCUGGUUGAGGAGGAGGAAAAAGUAUUAAUUCAGAAAAAUUUGGGGCCUAAAAGCAAGGUUCUUAUUCUCCGGAAUCACGGGCUCGUGUCAGUCGGAGGGAGCGUUGAGGAGGCCUUCUACUACAUCCAUAACCUGGUGGUCGCGUGUGAGAUCCAGGUUCGAACUCUGGCCAGUGCAGGAGGGCCGGACAACUUAGUCCUCCUGGAUCCUGGCAAGUACAAAGCCAAAUCCCGAUCCCCGGAGUCCCCAGCAGGGGAGGGCACCAGCUCACCUCCCAAGUGGCAGAUUGGCGAGCAGGAGUUUGAAGCCCUUAUGCGGAUGCUCGAUAAUCUGGGUUACAGAACUGGCUACCCUUACCGAUACCCUGCUCUGAGAGAGAAAUCUAAAAAACACAGCGAUGUGGAGGCUCCUGCAAGUGUCACAGGUUACUCCUUCGCUGGUGACGGGGACCCGGGCACUUGCUCCCCUCUCAGACACAGUUUUCAGAAGCAGCAGCGGGAGAAGACAAGAUGGCUGAGCUCUGGCCGGGGCGACGAUGCUUCUGAGGAGGGGCAGAACGGAAGCAGCCCCAAGUCGAAGACUAAGUGGACUAAAGAGGAUGGACAUAGAACCUCCACCUCUGCUGUCCCUAACCUGUUUGUCCCAUUGAACACUAACCCAAAAGAGGUCCAGGAGAUGAGGAACAAGAUCCGGGAGCAGAACUUACAGGACAUUAAGACGGCUGGCCCCCAGUCCCAGGUUUUGUGUGGUGUAGUGAUGGACAGGAGCCUCGUUCAGGACGCACCCCUCUCUGACUGUACGGAAACAAUCGAAGGGCUCGAGCUUACAGAGCAGACCUUUAGUCCUGCUAGAUCUCUCUCUUUUAGAAAGGGGGAGCUGGUGACAGCCUCCAAGGCCAUCAUUGAGAAAGAGUACCAGCCCCAUGUCAUCGUGAGCACCACGGGUCCCAACCCCUUCAACACGCUUACCGACAGAGAGCUGGAGGAGUACCGCCGGGAGGUGGAGCGGAAGCAGAAGGGCCCCGAAGAGAAUCUGGACGAGGCCAGAGAACAGAAAGAAAAGAGUCCUCCAGAAGCCCCUGCUGCCCCCCACACUCCCCCCAGCACCCCCGUCAGGCUUGAGGAAGACCUGCCGCAGGAGCCCACCUCUGGAGAGGACAGCGAAGCUGCCACCUUUAAGCCGACUCUCCCCGACCUGUCCCCUGAUGAGCCUUCAGAAGCGCUCGGCUUCCCCACAUUGGAGGAGGAGGAGGAGGGGCUCUGUGAAGCCCACGAGCCUCCCAGCCCCACCAGGUCCCCUGUGGCGGCCAGCCCCGAGCCAUUCUCCGCCCAGGCGGCAGAAGAAGCCACCUCCCCAGCUGCCGAGGAGGCGGCUGCCGUGGACCCUGGCAGCGACGGGUCUCCCGGCAAGUCCCCUUCCAAGAAGAAGAAGAAAUUCCGCACCCCCUCCUUUCUGAAGAAGAGCAAGAAGAGGAGUGACUCCUGAAGGCCCGUCCCGCACACACCGAUGCCACCAGACUGCCCCCAUCGUGUCCUGUCUUGUGUCAUGGAAUGCAAAAAGCCCAUCCCUCUACAUAGCUAGAGCUCUCCUCACAGUGUGACCGAAUCCCCUCGUAGACCGGUGCUAACCUCGUGUGCGCAUACAGCGGGCCUCCACCUGGGGGUGGGGGUGGGGAGCCAUGUCUCUGCGGCCCCUCGACUUCUGUCCGCCCUGCCUGGGCCAGCACCCCACUUCGUGCACUCCCCCGGGCCCGGACGUCCUGGUUCUGGCUGGACAGCUGGAGGCCCAGGCGGCUCUGGCCUUCCCUCCCUGUCCUUAUGUGGUGCCGUCCCCAUGCUGUGUGUCUCUUAGGCUUCCCUUCACCCCCACGUCUCAGAUGACUGGGUCAGACUUGGAGCUUCUGCUGGCGUUUCUUGCUCCAUGGGUCGUAGCUACAGAGCUUCAGCCCUGUAAAAGCACUCCUGAGCCCACUAGUGGCUCCAGGCACCCUGACGGCCUUUGAUUCUGGGACCCUGCAGCAAAGGGGCCUGUGUACACCCCAUGCGCCCUGUGCAUGUCUGAUGGCCCUGAGGCCAGAAAUGGGGUUCAGUGGCCUCCACUUUCUUACUGGGGUUUUCAGAUUCCUGUCCUAGAGAAGAGACAUGAAAAGUGAGGAGAGUCCUUUCUAGAAUUUUCUUUCAUCAGGUUUGCAAUUCAGCCUCCAUUUUUGACCGUGAACAUGAAGGGGCUGCUCUUGGCUUAGUUUCCCCCUCGGUCCUGCUGCGGAGUGCCAUAAAGCGCUGCGCACUUCCUGCACAGGAGAUUCGGGAACCGGGAAGGGAGUGCCUCUUAAUUUAACCCAGUCUGAAGGAUUCCCUGGUUUUGGUAAAAGGUCGCUUAAGAUAGAAGGGGAUUCAGUGGUCCUUCCCCAGCUUCUCACAGUAGUCAUUUGUGGAGCCGGGCCUGCCUCUUCUCAUGGGACGUCGUAAAUUUUCCCUGAGAUUCCUGAAAAAUCUUGUGCAGCUGCUCAGCAGAUACUAGUGGGGGCUCAUUCUGGGGGCUCCCUGGCAUAGGCCUGGCUAGGCUAGGCUCAUCACCUGGCUAGGCUCAUCACCUCCCUAGAAGUGGGCUGGGGUCUCCCUCUCCUGACCCCAAGCAGAACCUGAGGCUGGCUGCAUGGUGCCACCCGCUGCUUCGAGCUUUCCGGAGACUUGCUUUCUCUGGGGUAUGGUUUUGUUGCCUUGGUGGUGUCCAGGUUCCCCACCCUCACCUUGUCCCUCAGUUAACCAUGGACUCUGGCCCUUCUUUUGUCCCACAUAUGCAAUGACUUCCAUUUUACUUUUGUAGUUUAUUUUAACUCUUUGUAUCACAUGAAGUUUAGUCGUGUAUAUGGACACAGGCUUGGGAGGAUGGGUCCUGUGUCCUUCACUGUAACAUGUUUUACUCACAAAUAAAACUCUUUAAGCAGUU